UGUCCCUCUCAACUAAAACCCUUCCGAACUGUAGAUCCCUUGUUCCUCACUUAUACUAGAAAAUCCGUAUCAUAAAGAGAUCUAACAACUCGAGGAAGCCUAUCUCCAGGAUCUCUGCUUCUUGUUGAAGGACACAAAAUGUUAGGGAAUGCUUUUUGCCGGAUGCGCGACCCCUUGCUCAAACAAGGAAAUUAUUACAGACAUGCGGUACAGAAUAACAUAUUCAAACUAGAAAGAAGUGUUUCUGGAUAUCCUUUUUCAUGUUCAAGUAGUGUGGCAAAAGAUGCACAGAAAUCUGAUUCGCGUGUGAUCUGUUGUCUACCAUCAGCAAUGGGUCAUAAUCAGGAGGCGUGUCCUAAGUCUAACUUCAGGGUUCUAGCAAUCGUGAGUGCUCUUGAGAAACUGGAACUCACUUCCAAGGUAACAGCAUCAAGUUACCCACCACCUAUAGGAUUUGCUUUGAUGAGGCCUCCAGGUCGUCACGCUUUUCCAAAAGGGCCUACGGGUUUUAGUGCAUUUGGGGACGUGGCAUCUCGUCAUGUCCAGUGUGCCUCCUUUGCUACUCAUCAUCAAUUGAUUCGUCAAGGGAGAGCAAAGAAACAGCGAACUGACCGUAAUCGAGCUUUGGAUAAAUGUCCCCAGAAGCAAGGAGUAUGCCUUCGUGUUUCAACAAGAACACCUAAAAAACCAAAUUCAGCCUUACGUAAGAUAGCCAAAGUACGCUUGAGCAAUAAACAAGACGUAUUCUCUUACAUCCCCGGUGAGGGGCAUAACUUACAAGAACAUUCCAUGGUCCUAGUUAGAGGAGGUAGAGUCAAAGAUUUGCCAGGUGUGAAAUUCCAUUGCAUUCGAGGAGUGAAGGACUUGCUGGGAAUUCCAGACCGUAGAAGAGGUCGAUCCAAGUAUGGUGCGGAGAAACCUAAAUCAAAAUGAGUGAAAGAUGCUUAUCUCAUGAACUGUGCUAACUUCUUUGACUGGCAAGAUCCGUAAAGGUAGAGGAAUAACUCACUUGUUAGCAAUCGAGAUGAUUGGCUCAAAGCCAGUUCUUCCUAGAAAUAUGGCUUCUUCUUUAUAUAUUAAGGUUUCUAUUGCCGACUUUUAUGUAGUUUGCAAUCAAUACAGCGGGUAGCGAGGUCAAACUCAACAGCUUUGCCUACCUUCUGUACAAACAUUGAGAUUUUUUGUCAAUGUAGUUUGGAUUACCGUUUGCGGACUUCUGGUAUUAAUAGUCAUUUAAAUUUUCUUUAUUUUCUUUUCAGAUCAUAAGAGUGUAAACAUUCCAAUGAUAAAUAGAAACACCAAAUUGGGUUAUUAUUAAGUA